GAUGGUAGUUCCCGUAGCUCGCAUCACGGCUUUUAUCUGAGGAGGCUCGCGGGAUAUAAGGCGAUAAGUUGCGCGGGAGUGCACUUAACUGUAUGAUAUCACACUAGCCGGAGGAGUGUACGUAGUUUUCCGUCUUUUAACGGUAUAAAAUUUAUCCUUCUCCGUUGAUAUCAUAGAUAUAUGUACAAUCUACAAGUAAAUCAGUAAUUUCUACAAGUUGUAAUAUUCUCGGAGAAAACUUUGGAAAAAUGGCACUAUACAGCAUCAAGAACAACCUGCAAUCCGCAACUCUGAAGACACUGUCGCUGAUGUCCAUCAGCGUCAUGUCUCGUCAGCAGAGCGUCCAGGAGCUGUUCCGGACGGCAGACUGCGUGUGCUUCGAUGUGGACUCCACUGUCAUCAGGGAUGAAGGCAUCGAUGAACUGGCUAAGUUCUGCGGAAAAGGAGAUGAAGUCAGACGACUAACUGCAGAAGCAAUGGGUGGUAAUAUGACCUUCCAAGAAGCCCUGAAGAAAAGGCUGGACAUCAUUAGACCGUCAGUCGUCCAAAUCCAAGAGUUCUUAAACAAAUUUCCCACGCACCUUACCCCUGGCAUAUCAGAGCUAGUAAGGCUACUUCACGAGCGAGGAGUUCCUGUCUACCUAGUAACCGGCGGAUUCCGAUGCCUCAUCGAGCCUGUAGCCAUACAACUCGGCAUCCCUGUUAGCAACGUUUUCGCUAAUAGACUCAAAUUCUAUUUUAAUGGUGAGUAUGCGGGCUUUGAUGAGAACGAGCCUACCUCCCGAUCUGGCGGCAAAGGCCUCGUGAUUAGACGACUAAAGGAUCAGCAUAGAUACGAGCGCAUCAUCAUGAUUGGAGAUGGCGCCACUGAUGCUGAGGCUAGUCCGCCUGCCGAUGGAUUUAUUGGUUUCGGUGGAAACGUUGUCCGAGACGAAGUAAAGAGACGCGCCGCUUGGUACGUUACAGACUUCCAAGAGCUGAUAGACGUAUUAAACGUGCAGGCGAAGUGAAGUGCAUAGCAUUAUAAGUUUUAUGAGUCAAGUAUUCAGUACGUUGAUGAGCAAUGUGAGUGAUGUCGAAUGCUAUCUCGGUAUUAUGUAGAAGGUAACGAGAACCUAAUUUUAAUUAGGACGAAAUCAAAGCUGGCCUUUGACUUUUUUAGUAGACUUAUGGUUUUUUGUGAUUGAUUGAUUUGGAAUGCAUAAAAUAGUUUUUUACUAUGAGUAGACACUUUUAAAUUAAUAUUCUCAAAAAUAAAAAAAGCCAUGAACAUUCUGUGUUAAGUUGCCAUGUUGAUAAUCCAGAUAUUUUUAAAUGUGUUGACAGUUUUUAUCGUACUUUAAGUACAUAAUUAUUAAAUAAUUGUUAUGUUGGCUGUGAAGUUCAAUGUAGAUCCCUCAUAUAUGCGCAAGUGGCUUUUGUACGCGCCGUUCUUGGAAUUUCGCAAAAUGACGUGGGUACUUUUGAAUUUCAGCCUUUACUGUUGUGAGUUGAAUGACUCUUGUUGACGUACGGGAAAUAGUUAAAAAUGCUUUAGGUGAUAUUAUUCUAUGAAGAAUUGUGACAAAACGUUCUGUUGAUGUCUAGAUUUUGAGAAAUAUAUCUGUUUCUUUCUAUCUUGUUAAAGACACAUAAGAUCUAUCUCUGUUUAUAUUAUUUCUAUAUUCUACUUUAUGUCUCUGUAGGGUAAUAACGCAUUCGAUAGUAACGUAUUUUGACAGUAAUUUUAGCUAGUUUUAAUAGAUAUUCAAUUUAGUAUUGAUCACUAUAAGUAUGUAGAUAGGGUAACGAAUUUUUAAUGUAAGACGCUUUUCCGGUAUUCUUUCGGAUAAGUUAAUUCUAUUUAGUUAUUUUUUCACCGGU